GGCUAAACAGGCUCUGAAACAUGCACAAAUUGACAUUAAAGUGUCAAUGAGUAAAGCAGAAGUAAAAGGGUUAAUUGCAAAUGAAAUAAGAAAGAAAUGGCAGAAGGAGUGGGAUAGUGGAACAAAAGGUAGACACUUUCAUCAUGUUCAAGAGAAAGUAGGUCAAGAAAGAAGAAAGUUUGGCAACAGGAAAGAAGACGUUUUAAUGUCAAGAAUGCGUAUUGGACAUUGUCUGUUAAAUCAGUGUCUGUAUAGAAUGGGGAAGCAUGAAACUGGAAAGUGUGACAAAUGUGGUCAUGCAGAAUCAGUAGAACAUGUACUUAUAGAGUGUGUUGCAUAUGAAGGAGCAAGAUUUCAACUAAUUCAAGCUUUAGGAUCAUUCGGAAUAAAUAAUUUGUCACUUCAGGUUCUGUUAGGAAAUGGCCCAAAGCAAUCAAGAAUAUUUCAUGAAUUAAUUAUUUUCUUAAAAGAAACAAGACUGAUCAAUAGAAUUUAGGAUACAGUUGUAGUAAAUAAAGCGGGAAUAAUUGGCGUUGUAUUUUUGUUUUGUUUUUUGUUUUUGGCUAUAGUUCUCAAACUUCCAAUCAUUAUGCGCUCCACACUCCUAUCCAGUAGGUGGCGGGAAUGCACCAUUUAAGUUGGUUUGCCAACCGCCAUUAAAUUUAAAAGAAGAAGAAGAUUAUAGCUGCGACGUCCAUUGUGAACGGUGUUGGGAAAAUAUUCAGUGACACGAAAAACAGGUUGGACAGCUAUUUAUUUUUUUAGAAAAAAAAAUGUUUUGGUGAACAUUCUGUUUAAUUGAGGGUUUUUCUGAUUUUUUGGUUAAACUGAAUGGCAUGUUAGAGCUCUUUCGUUACAUUGGCAUUGAUGUCUAUCUCUGAUACGCAAUGGAGUGUUUACGUUGUUUUGUAACUGCACCGUCAUUAUGCAGCAUAUCUUACUGUAAAUGGUCAUUUGUAAUGUUUAGUGUAGAUAAGACUCAAAACACGCAUUUGAGCCUUAUAUUAGCACAUAUUAGCAGGUGAUGGCAGACCUUGGACUGAAGGAGGGGAACAGGGUGCUGCUGAUAUGGACUCAGCCAUCAUCUCCCACUGCACUGAAGGAGUUUGCUGAAAGCAUUGGCACUGUUGUUGAUAACCAGAGUCUGGUGUCUUUGGAGAACAUGGAGAGACUGCAAUUGUCUUUUCAUGCAGCUUCUAGUUAUGACUGGGUUCUCUCAGGCCUGCUGACCGACAGCUCACCAAUCCACAGUUCAGAAAUGCUGGCUGAGAUUGCCAGAGUGAUGAAACCUGGUGGCAAACUUGUGCUAGAAGAGCCGGUGACAGGUUCUGAGGAUAAUAGUGUGAGAACCGCUGGGAAACUGAUGUCAGCUCUUAAACUGUCUGGAUUAGUAUCUGUUACUGAGGUAAAGACGGAGUCACUGAGCCCAGAAGCAGCUGCAGCACUGAGAGAAUGCACAGGGUUCCAGGGAAACACACUUUUAAGGGUGCGAUUGUCAGCAUCCAAACCUAACUUUGAGGUCGGAUCCUCGACGCAACUGAAACUUUCCUUUGGCAAGAAAACCACUACAACAGAGAAACUAGCUCUUGAUCCAAGCACCGCACAAAAGUGGACUCUAUCAGCCAAUGAUAUGGACGAUGAUGAUGUGGAUUUGGUAGAUUCAGAUGCACUUUUGGAUGCUGAUGAUCUGAAAAAGCCUGACCCUUCCUCCCUCGAGGCUUCCUGUGGAGAAGACUCCAAAAAGAAAAAGGCCUGCAAAAAUUGCACUUGUGGUGUUGCUGAGGAAUUGGAAAAUGAGAGUAAUGCCACUCAGAAAGCCAGCCAGCCCAAAUCAGCCUGUGGAAGUUGUUAUCUGGGUGAUGCCUUCCGAUGUGCCAGCUGUCCAUAUUUAGGCAUGCCUGCCUUCAAACCUGGGGAGAAGGUUCUGUUGGCCAACGCUGAUAUAGCUGAUGCAUAGACAUUCACUUUUGACACAUUAAUACGUUCCGUUAUCAUUCUGCAACAUUGAGGCCCAGAUUACAUUUCCAUCUGUGUAAUCAACAGGGAUGCAGUUCACAGUGUCAUUUGAAAAUUGAAUGCACUAAAGUUACCCGUACAAUAAAUACAUGACAAAAACUGAAAAGGUUACGCACUGUUUGGUUUUAAAUGUAUCUUUUCAAUCAGAUUUUUUGCCUUUGUCAGAUAGCGUCCAGAGAUAUCACUGAAAUGUUCAAAAUAUAAAUAAAUAGCUGCAUUAUAUUAUCUCAUCCUUAUGUAUAAGAACGGAAUCUCCACUUUGAGUGUAAUUUGUUUUAUUUGAAAAGCAGUUGCUCAUGUAUUUUGCCUUCUGUAUAGAAUAACAUUAUUUUAAGCCAAAAUCAAAUGCUUAAUAAAAUUGGUUAAAAUAAUACAUGGACUUUUGCCUCAUUUUUUAUACUGCAAGACAACAUUUUAUAUCAGCAUCAUGAGACUUGUGUAGCAACAUACAGUUUGAUCUAUCAUAUAGUAUAUGAAAUCAGAAUUAAUCUGAUCGGAUGAAUUUAGAUGCAUUAUAACACAUCUGAUUGAUUAGAUAAGUUACUUAAGCUUCUUAUAGGGAGGAGGAAAACAGUUACAAGCUCAUGUAAGAAGUUCACAGUCACUAAAACUCUUUGGAUAAGCAUUGUCUUGGGGAAAAAAUGUAAACAACUGAUGGCCUAGUUUAUUUGAGUCUUGUCAAGGUUCAGUGAUAGAGAAGUCCAUUUUAAUAUCACCAGUAUGAGGUUCAAAGGUUAAAUUAUA